AUGUCAACUUCGCCCCCCGACAGCGACAGUAUCUCAUCAACCACCGUCCAAGUAGCCAAGAAAGCCUGUCACAGCUGUCGCCGUGCGAGACUCCGCUGCGAUAGGUCUAUCCCGCACUGCUCGAAAUGCGUUUCCAGGGGGGUCGAAUGCCUGGGCUAUGGCCGCCUAUUUCUAUGGACUGGCUCAGUAGCCACGCGCGGGAAAUUGGCCGGACAGAGUUCUAGUGCCUCCGUGUGUCGGUUACCCAAGCAAGGUGAAUCGGACAUGACUAUUGAUGUGCCAUCCGAUGUUCAAUCUUCCGAUAUGCAAAUGGGAUCCUUCGAUACUCAAGGCUUUGAGCCAGGUGCAUGGGGUUUAGUGUCGCCCCAGGAAAAUCAACUCUUUGUUCCGAACAAAACUAAGCCAUGGUCCCCUCCUUCGCCCCCUUCACCAACAUCAUCAAACUCUCCGUGGACGUUGGUCGAUCCAUUAUUUCAGGACAUGACGCAUUCCCAGAGAUGGUACUUGAAUUAUUGUAUGAACUUCUCAAGACAUUGGUCUUUCAUGAUGCUAACCCUCAACUCAGAUUCAACUCGAGUUAGUCUGGAUCUCGUUGGUGAUGACCAAACCAACGGUAGCAGAAAUCCAUAUCUAAAUCUUCUGCAACUCACAAACGAGCAUUCGUUUUUGCAACAAAUUAUCAUUGCAGUAUCUGCAUCUCAUAUGUGCAACUUAUCAAGAUCAUGGCUAGGCCCUAACUCAUAUGAAAGAGAAGAGGCACCAAAGAAAUUGCUUAUGGAUGCUCUCGUUGCCAAACAAAAAGGACUGCAAAUGAUGCCUGAUGCCUUGCGGAAUAUUGACACCAUUGGAGCCGAUGUGAUUCUUGCUACUGUUUUGUUUCUCAUCAACUCAGAACUCAUCGAGUCUGGCUGGCAAAGUUGGCGGCCUCAUCUCGAAGGCGCGAAGAAGCUUUUGAAUAUGAUAGAACCAUAUACUGGCUCUGACACAACUCUCAGAGACUAUAUUGUUGCGGACUGUUAUGUCUAUUGCACAUUGAGCUUGUCUUUCAACCCAUCACAACCAGGUACCCAGGCAGCAUCAUUUGCACCAAGUCAAGUCAAAGAAACAUUAUCACGAACCAACAACUCUUUCUUCUGUUGCCCGCCUGAAGUUCUCGACAUCCUCCGUGAGACGGCACAACUUUUGCAUGCCGAAGCUCAAGGGAACGUCUCCAGCAAUGAAGUGCUUAUCGAAUUCACCAACCUACUGGACCGCGUACAACGUCUCGACGUCCUCAAAUGGGCAAAGGAGAGAAUGCCAGAUGCAAGCAAAGCUGCUCUGUGGAGUAGUGCCCGAACCGGCUCUGCGCACAGAUUGGCAACCUGUCUCUACAUCAUCCAGGCAGCUCCCGCACUACGAGCCAGGAUGCCCGACCAAGUUCCCAAAACACUCAUCCAGGAUCUUUACGAGACGCUCCUACCACAGCCCGACGAAGACCCAAACUUCAAAGCCACGGGCUGGCCCACCUUUAUUUAUGGAACAACGGCAACGACUCCGGAGAGCCGGGCGUGGGUUAUGGAUCGAUUGAAGGCGGUAGCGCAAAUCAACCCAUGGGGAUUCCUAUACUCUGCGAUUGAUACGUUGCAGAUUUUGUGGAAGCAUGAGAAUGGCAAUGAUGGAUGUAUGAAUUGGCUGCAGAAACUCAAGGAUUUGAACAUGGACUUUUUGAUGGUUUAG